GAUCUAUAGUAGUUUGUUUGAUGGUACGAUGAACUACCAUGUCAGAAGUACAUGAACAACCAAAGAUUCCAAAAUCGCGUCAUCAUACUAUACGUGAAGCACGACACGAGGAUAUUCCAUUACUAGCAGACGUUGAAAGAUCAGCAGCUAAAUUGUUCACAUAUUUCAACGUUCCCGUUGAUGAUUCCGUCGUGGAUUUAUCAUUGUUAACAUCCAUGUUACAAGAUCAUCAUCUCUGGGUGGCUGUUGAUGAUGAAGAUAAACCUGUGGGAUUCCUUGGAGGGUUCAAGGUUGAUGAUAAUUUCCAUGUGGCUGAAGUCUCGGUCAAGAAGGAUAAUCAAAGGCAAGGUAUUGGGAAUUCGUUAAUGUAUAGAAUGAUGAAAGAUAUAAAAGAAGAAGGAUUUCCAGCAAUUACCCUCACAACCAACCAAAUUCUUCCAUUCAAUCGUCCUUGGUAUCAAAGUUUAGGAUACAUUGAACUCGAAGCAAAAGAUAUUGGCAAUGAAUUGACUCUUUUAAUUGAAGAAGAGUCAAAUCAUCUUGACAAUAACCUUAGAUGUGCUAUGAGAAAGAACAUCUUAUGAUUUGAGGUAACUAGAAUAAUUCUUUUCUCUUCCAAACCGCCACCCACAAUGGAUGAAUGAAUUACAAAGAGACUUGAUAAUGUCUUCAAAGUAGGAUACAUGAUGUUUCAUAUUUCUCAAAGUAAUUCUCCUCAAAUACAAAGUUCUCAAAUACAAAGUUCUCAUCAAACAUUACCUGGGGAAAAACACGGCACUUGGAAUAUCUUUCAAGGGUCAUCUGAGUUGAUCACGACAGUAUCAUGCUAUUAAAGGUUGUAGAACCUGAUACCUCAUAGUCCGAAGUCAAUGGGAAACUUACAGAAUUCCACGCGGAUGUCCGCUCCAGGGAAAUCAUCAAUGUAAUAUCAGAAAUAGAAACGAAUGGCGAGAUAGAAAUAAAUGACCAAUUAUUUCCAAUCA